CAGGAGGAACAUCUUUUCAACGAUCUGAUGGUCGAUUAUAACCGGAAUUUUCGCCCUGCUUUAGACAAGGGGGACAUUGUAAAUGUUUCUCUCAAGGUGACCCUCACCAACUUGAUCUCCCUGAAUGAGAUCGACGAGACUCUCACCACGAACGUGUGGGUAGAGAUGAAAUGGAGGGAUUACCGUCUGCAGUGGGACCCAGAGGAGUAUGGCAACAUCAGCUGUUUACGGAUCCCUUCGACGUUGAUCUGGCUGCCAGAUAUUGUCCUGGAGAACAACAUCGAUGGGGUCUUUGAUGUGGCCUUGUAUGCCAAUGCUUUGGUGUCUCCUGAUGGGAGCAUCACUUGGCUGCCUCCAGCUAUUUAUCGGAGCGUCUGCUCCAUUGUCGUCACCUACUUCCCCUUCGAUUGGCAAAAUUGUUCCAUGGUGUUCCAGUCUCAGACUUACAAUGCCCUUGAAAUCAACCUCUUGUUGACCGUCGAAGAGGGAAAAACAAUUGAAUGGAUUUUUAUCGAAACCGAAGCUUUUACAGAGAAUGGAGAGUGGGCGAUCAAACACCGGCCGGCCAAGAAAGUUGUGAACGCCGAGCACUUCACCCCGAGCGACAUCGGCUACCAGCAAAUUGUCUUCUUCUUGAUCAUCCAGAGGAAGCCUCUGUUCUACGUGGUCAACAUCAUCAUCCCCUGCGUGCUCAUUUCCUCCGUUGCCCUGCUGGUCUACUUCCUGCCGGCCAAAGCCGGUGGGCAGAAGUGCACAGUCUCCAUCCAGGUCCUCUUAGCCCAGACCGUCUUCCUUUUCCUGAUUGCAAAAAAGGUGCCGGAAACAUCUCAGGCGGUGCCUCUCAUUGGAAAGUACUUAACUUUCCUUCUGGGGGUGACCAUUGCUAUUGUGGUGAACGCUGUGAUUGUCCUCAACGUUUCUCUGCGCACGCCCAAUACUCAUUCGAUGUCCGAGCGAAUCCGGCAGCUCUUCCUGCACCUGGUGCCCCAUUACCUGGGCAUGCACAUGAGGCGCAUCUCGCUCCCCGCUGGGAAUCGGCUGGCGCGGCGACGGAGCUCCCUGGGGCUGAUGGCCAAAGCCGAGGAAUACAUGCUGUGGAAAGCCCGGAGCGAGCUCCUCUUCGAGAGGCAGAAGGAACGGGACGGCUUGAUGAAGAUCCUCCUGGCCAAGAUUGGAGAAGGCUUGGAGAACGGAGGCCCCCAGGACUUCUGCAACAGCCUACGCCACGCCGCUCUGGAAAUCCAAUCCUGUGUGAAUGCCUGCAACCACAUCACCAAGACUUUGCAAGAAAAGAACGAUUUUGACAGCGUAAGUACCACGGAAAAGGGCGCCACGUUCACGGUGGAAGGUUCAACUUCCUAA